AUGGCUGAUUUUGACGUAUUAUGCGGUAAUGAAGAUGAGAUGAAAAAAUGUGAGACUGGAAAUACUCGACACAACAACGAUUAUGAUCGAAUCGCUACAAUUCCACCUGAAGAAUGGAAUUAUGCCGAUGUUGCUACGUGGCUUAGUGAGCAAGGCUUUGAGAAGUAUGCGAAUAUUAUCGCUUACAAACAUAAGAUCGAUGGUCGUACACUGCUAAUGAUAACUGAAGUCGAUUUACGCGAGAAGCCAUUGAAAUUGGAUUGUCUUGGUGACAUUAAGCGCAUGGCUUUGGCUAUUUCGCAGUUAAAAACCGAUUUAACGCCUUUAGAAGUGGUGUUGGAGCAGUCAAAACGAUGUAAAUGCGGUUGUAAUCAGAAUAUUCAAGAUACGGUGAAUACGUCGAAGAUGCAGAGCAGUAGUUUUUUGGCUGUUGCAAGCAGUAGGAAUCAAAUAUUAUUUCCUGGUACUAAUCCCUUACUAAUUGAUUCGACUGAUGUUCCAGUCAGCGUUGAUUAUGAAGAUGGAUUGGUGCCUAUUGCGAGCCUCAACCCAAAAAUUUUGUCUAGAACUAGUAAAACUGCACAAAGUAUUUUGGGUGAUGUAGCUACAAAUUCGUUUGAUGGACGAUUAAAGCGAAUGCAUCUUCUAAGCAGAGAGGAUUUGAUACGACAGGUGGAAAGUCCCGACACAAAGUUGAAGUCAUUCAUAAAAUUAACUAUUGCUUUUUGUUAUUGUACGUCUUCUUUAUUGAUUACUGCCUUUGUAAUGGUUCUUGUACAUGACCGUGUACCAGAUAUGAAGGCAUAUCCACCUUUGCCAGAUAUCGUGCUUGAUAAUUUGCCGCUGAUACCAUGGGCUUUUCAAGUUUGUGAAGGAAUAGCGGUUUUUCUAGCAUUACUGUGGUUCACGAUCUUGUUCUUCCAUAAGCAUAGAGUCGUUAUAAUGCGACGUAUGUUCUCAUUGGUUGGAACUGUCUUCCUUUUACGUUGUGUUACGAUGCUAAUCACAUCCUUAUCUGUGCCAGGCCCACAUUUGGAAUGCCGAUCACAGACUUAUGGUACAUUCGUUGCAAGACUUCAACAAGCCUACCAUAUCUGGUCACGCUUUGGUAUGUCAAUCCAUGGUGUGCGAUCGUGCGGCGACUACAUGUUUAGUGGCCACACAACAGCGGUGACAUUAUUGAAUCAUUUCAUCACUGAAUACACACCAGAUUCAUGGCAUAUCUUGCAUACGACUACUUGGGUUUUAAAUUUGUUCGGAAUAUUUUUCAUUCUGGCUGGGCAUGAACACUACAGCAUUGAUGUCUUCAUCGCAUUCUGCAUUUCAUCUCGAAUGUUUUUAUACUAUCAUGCUUAUGCAUAUCAGCUUAGCUCGGUAGGAAGCGAUAAUAGAAUGAGAUUAUGGUUUCCACUUGGCUGGUUUUUCGAAGCUGGUGGACAAGGCCGUGUUGCAAAUGAUUUUGACCUUCCUCUUUAUUUUCCUGUAAUUUCGUUUCCUUCAUUCGGAAAAAGUCUGUGUGUGAAAAGUAAGAAAAAAGCAGAUUUGGAUAAGAACCCCCUGCCGAAGCUUGUGGAUACCUGUGGUAUUUCAGUGGAUUGCAGUAAAGAUCUUAGGAGACGCAAGAACAAGAAAAGUGAAGCGUCAGUGUGCGAAAAACAUAUAACUUUGGGGAAAAGUUUUUGAUAAUUUCUGAUAUGAAUUUCUGUUUUUGAUAGUUUCCUUAGUAGUAUGAAGUGGA